GUUGGUGUGAAGGAGUUCAGAUUUACAUGGUCGAAGAACGUGAUCUAUGGACGAUUUAACUAAGAAUCACGGCAAAAUGCGGUCAGAGGAAGCCAAACCCAAGUUCAAGUCACUCAAGUGCAAUAGGGGUGAUCAUUGGGGAAUAUAGCCUGCUCAGUUUCUGUUAUUAACAACCCAGCAGUUGGUAGCUGUGUUAGCACUUAGUUAGUUGGAGUUGCUUACUGAAUUGGUUAGUGGUUGGUGCUCAAACAGAAUUAGAGACAAAGGAGGGAAAUGACAGAAUAUAAGUAAUAGGAAUAGCAAUGCUGUGUAAACUGAUUUUGGGAGGGCCUGGAUUCUCGAAUCCUUGGAGUUUAGAGGAGAUUUGUCCUUGAUAUUUUCAUUGUAACAUUUCCUAUUGGUUCUACAACCUUCUUGAUUCGAAGUUCAGACCGAAGGAUAGGAAUAACCAUCAAUAUUCCAUUAGCAAUUGACUUGGAGCCUGGGAAACCGUCCAUGAAGAGCCAGAUAAAGGCAUUGGCAGCUGAUGAAGCUACAACAUGGAAGAAUUACCAUAAAAUGGAAGUGGCUGGACUUAAGGAAAGGCAAGUGGAAACUCUUCAAGUUGGAGGCUCCCAUAGAUUUGGAUUGAUGUCAAUAAGUGCUACUGCCAAGGGCAAACGUUCUUCACGGAGAGCUGCAAAUAUGUCUAAAAGCCUUUAUGAUGUUGUGCCAUCACGAAUGGCAGACAAGCAAGACACCAAUACUGUUUUUGAGAAAGAAAUCCCUACCAGGGCAAGCAAAGAAAAUAAUGGAUCUAAACCAAUAGAUUUGCAGAGAAUGUUAAUUUCUCUCCUAAAGGAUAACCCUAACGGAAUGACUUUAGAGGCCUUGGAGAAAGUAGUCAGUAACGUGCGUCCAAGUUUCAUACAGGAUCUCGAGCCCACUAUAAAAAGAAUUGCAAAAUAUAUCCCUGGAAGGUAUAUUUUGAAGCCAGAAGUGGAUUCGGAAAGCUUCAAGAAACCUACUGAAAGUGGAAGUUUCUUAAAAAUCAAAUCUUGUACUACAUCAGCUCCACAGGGAGGAGGUUUCAAAGAGGAAGUUCCAAAUGACGAUUUGGAGGAAACAAUGCAAGUAAAAUCCAAAGUGAAAGAGGAAACAUUGGAAAAAAUUGAUAUGAAACAUGCUUCACAUGUUUAUCAACAGCUCAAGAAGCGCAAAAGUUAUAUAGGGAGUUUGUUUGAUGAAAGGGAAAGUGAAGUCAUAGAUAGCUCUAGGAACGAACAGUCUGAUAGGCUAUCUAAAGGUAAACAUAAGAUGGGUUCAGAAUGGACGAACAUUGAUGACAAAUCUGAAGGUGCAAAGAGGUUGAAAGCAGGACACUUGACUCGUGAAUCAUAUUCUCCGCAUACAGAUGUGCAAAUGUUUGGGAACUCUAGAAAUUUUUCACCAUUUGAAUUUACUGAAGACACUGGUAGAGCUGACAGACAAAGAAACUGCAAUCUUGGUUUCCAGAAAGGAUACAGUCGAGCAUUGCCUGGAAAAUCUAGUUCAGAUUUACAAAAAACAGGUCAAAGGUCUUUUGACCAAAGACCUCUAGGAAACCCUUCCUAUCCAAUUGAAAAAUCAGAUAAACUUGGUGAAAGCAUAAGGCACAACAGGAAACACACAGGAAAGGACUUCCGUGCACAUGUAGUUUCUUUUGUGCCGGAAAAUAAAUCUCAUAAAGAUGCUCAAAAUGAAGAUAUUUAUGUCACCGAGAAAAAAGUCCCCAGGAAUUCGAGGGAUGGUAGUAAUGGAAGUAAGCAGUCACUAUUAUCAGUGGAUUCCAAUUACCAAAAACACGGUGAAAUGGUUGGUAAGUUAAAGGAAGGCCGACAAGGUACGCAGUCACAUUUGGGAAAAUCGUCCAAGGAUAACAACAGAAUUGGUCUUAAUAAAUCAUCUGCUGUUAAUGGGCGAGGUAUCUCGCUUACGGGAGAGCUUUCAGACUUGGAUUAUGGAGAACUUCGUGAGUCCACUCCUGAAGAAACCAUUGUUGCAAAGCAAUUUGAACGAAAAGGUUCGUUUAAACAUAUAGGAAUCGAAGCAAACACUUCAGAGGUCAUGAAUUCAAAUAUCACUGAAGUAAAACCUUUAUUGAAGCCAACUUUGGAUUAUGGAAGGCCAACCUUGGUACUAAGUUCAGGUUUUCCUAGCAAUUUGGACAACACAAAUGAAAAGAAUGUUGAUAAUCAUUUUGAAGAUUCAACAAAGUCUCGUUGUAGAGUUACACAAACUCAUUCACAUCAUUUGAAAGCAGACAGCACGAACGUUGGAUCUCAAUUUUUUUUACCAGAAAUGAGUACCAAAUUUAGAAAUAGUGAAUCUGGGGUGAGCCGUGGUAUUGAUUUGGAUGGUUGCAGGGACACCAAUAGAAGAGUGCCUGCAAAUAGAUCUAAGCAAGAUACAAAACAUGGAAUGGUUCCCUACCCUGUGAAAGAAAGUAAGAUACAAACACCUAAUUCAUGUGAAGAGGUGCCUGAUGGAAGAAAGGAUGCGGUAUUUGCAGAUAGAAAUAAUGGUGACCAAAAGAAGAAAGAGUUAUCCACGGAUGAAAAUAGUUGCUCUUAUUCAAAGUUUGAAAAGGAGGAACCUGAAUUAAAGGGACCUAUAACGACUUUUUCCGAAUAUACAGAAUAUGUGCAGGAGUACCAGGAUAAAUAUGAGAGUUACAUCUCCUUACACAAGAUUUUGAAGGAAUACAGGGUUGAGUUUCAGAAACUAGGUGAUGAUUUAGAAUCUGCUAAAAGCAAGGGGGAUAUGGAUAGAUAUAACGACAUUGCAACACAAAUUAGGGAAUCCUAUAGGCAAUGUGGAUCGAGACAGAACAGACUGAAGAAAAUAUUUAUUGUGCUUCAUGAAGAAAUGGUGAAUACCAAGCAAAGGAUCAGAGACUUUGUUCAGUCUAAUAAAGAUUGAAAAUGCAAGAGUAUCAUUUACAUUUAUUAGAUGUAUUUGGUGGAGCCGUAUAUUUUUACACAAAGAAAAUGGAAUUACUUAUGCAUAAGUAUGAAUUUUUUUUGGCUUAGCCAGACCCUUUUUUCAAAUUCCAGAUAAAUGUUGUAUUGUUUUUCUAGUCAAACAAGUUUAGAUUGCUUCAUUCUCAACAUUCCUGGAGAAUAUUGAGACUUGACAUUUCAUUUCAAGCUUUGUUGAA